CCUCACUGCGCAGCUGCCCGUAACUUAAGCGUGUUGCUGUCUGUAUGGCCUCCACGCUCCACGUAUAUUGAAAUGGCAGUAGUCGGAAAGAAGAAGUCUGCCGGUGGUGCCUUAUCUCGAAUAUGGGCAACAUUUCGCACAAUAUGGCAGGAGAAGCACCUCAUAUUAUUCAAAACGGAAUACACGUUGCUAGUGACAGCCCUCCUCUGGUUUUUGGAAAUCGGUGUCAAUAUAUGGGUCAUUCAAAAAGUUGCAUAUACAGAAAUCGACUGGAAGGCCUACAUGGAUGAGGUGGAAGGAGUCAUCAAUGGCACCUAUGACUACACGCAACUCAAGGGGGAUACAGGGCCACUGGUGUACCCAGCUGGUUUUGUAUACGUCUUCACAGUGUUGUACUACGCGACAGACCAUGGGGCGAAUAUCCGACUUGCGCAGUAUAUUUUCGCUUUUUUCUACCUGGUUACGCUUCUGCUUGUCUUUCAGAUCUACAACCGCACUAAAAAGGUUCCUCCGUACGUGUUCUUCUUUGUGUGCUGUGCAUCGUACCGCAUUCACUCCAUCUUUGUGCUGCGGCUCUUCAAUGACCCUGUGGCCAUGAUGCUUCUCUUUGGGGCAGUCAAUCUCUUCCUGGACGGACACUGGACCCUGGGGUGUGGACUGUACAGUUUAGCUGUGUCCGUGAAGAUGAACGUCCUCCUGUUUGCGCCCGGCCUCCUCUUCCUCCUCCUGUCAGAGUUCGGCCUGAUGAAGACCAUCCCCAAACUCUCUCUCUGUGCCAUCAUCCAGCUGUUGCUGGGGCUGCCCUUCCUGCUGGAGAACCCUGUUGGCUACAUGAGCCGGGCCUUUGACAUGGGCCGGCAGUUCCUUUUCAAGUGGACUGUGAACUGGCGCUUCCUGCCCGAGUGGCUCUUCCUCAACCGAUACUUCCACCUGGCACUGCUGCUUGCCCACCUGAUCACGCUGGCACUGUUUGCUUGGCGUAGGUGGAAGAGGCCUGGAGAGAGCAUGUUGGCUUUGCUGAAGGAUCCUGCCGCGAGGGAUCCUCCUGCUCAGAAACUUACUUCUGAUCAGGUGGUGUUCGUGCUCUUCACCUCGAACUUUAUCGGCAUGUGCUUCAGCCGCUCACUGCACUACCAGUUCUACGUGUGGUACUUCCACACGCUGCCCUACCUGCUUUGGAGCGGUGGGGUCAACAAGAUGGCCGACCUGUUCAGGUUGCUGAUCCUGGGCCUGAUUGAGCUGUCGUGGAACACCUACCCCUCCACCGACUACAGCUCCCUCUCCAUGCACGUGUGCCACCUCAUUACCCUGCUAUGCCUGUGGUUUAACCCCAACUCAGCCCCCCAGGAGAAGGCCAAGCGUUCCUGAGGUCAAAGUUCACCUACCACACCUCAUCAAACUCUCCCCACCCCUCACCCCUGGAGGGCCAAUUACAGAACUCCACCAUCCUGUCCCCGUCCUUUCACUUCAUUCUCAUUGGUCGAGGUGAUCAGUAAGAAGCUGAGGGGCCCAAUGGGGUGAACACCAGUCUUACCAGACCAGCAGAGCUCGCGAGAUCCUCUGAGGCUGUUCCUGGUUUCAUUCAUUUAUUUAUUUAUUUUUUGUUUUAAAUAAUUUUUUGGAAGCUGGAGGUUUUUUUGGACCACUGUAAGGUGCGGCUUGGUUGGCCUGUGUCUGAGGGGGCGGAGAUGAAAACUCUCAGGACUAGAGGAACUAAAAGUAUUCUUAAAUAUGAGAUGAGGAGGGUGUUGUUUUUUUAGUUCUGGUUUCUUGAUGGUCAUGAUAAGGAGGGAUAUUUGUCCUUUUGUAUAUUUUUCUUCAUUUUUGUUGUGUGUUAUUGCUUGUACUUUUGGGGUAUAGAUCCCAUAGCAACAAAUUCAACCAAUGUGAAUGGCUCAAAGCCAAAGAUUAUUCAGCAAUAUAAUAUUUCUGUUACUGUAACAUACACAUAUAAAUACACAUUUUAUCAGAAACAGUGGGGCAAGUGGUUUAUAUGAGCAUAAUGUCUUUAAUUUCAUAUCAGGGAGUUUUUGAAGUUUACUGCAAAUUAAGCUAGCUGUUUUAUCUUCCCCCCCAUAGCAGGUGCAGUCACAGGUGCGUUCAGUGUGCAUUCAGUAUAUGUGGUUACUGUGGUAAUAGCAUUCACAAAGGCAGAUUUCAGACUUUUGGUCGAAUUCAAACAAACAACCGGUCUCUUGAACUGAAGGACAUUACUUUCGCUAGCAAAGCCUGAAUUGCAUUCUGACAUUAGGUUUCUGAACGUUUCAGUAGUGGGGUCAGGAUGUUUCAGUUAGAGCCGGGACGGAGUAGUAUUUAUGAAUUUGAGAAGUAUUCCUAAAACUUAUUUUGCUUGAGUAGGUAGCCAUUUAGAAUAGGUGAUUUAAUUUGCUUUUGGCCUUUGGCAUAGACAUUGAGGCAUUUAUUUGUGUGUGGAGUGUGUGAUUGAUUUGCAUGACAACCACAGCUGAAUAGGUGAUUGCAAACAAAGACCUGAGCUUUUGUUUUUAUUUGAUAGCUGUGUAAAGAUAAAAAAAAUUAAAAGAAAAUCUCAGUCCAAAAA